AUGGGACCUCUCUUCAAGGUAGUAGCUAAUCUUACCUCCUUGGAAUUCUUAGUUGGCUUCUAUAACGCUUUCAAGGAAACUAUUCCUGACAAUAUUUCUAGAAUGAGAAGCCUAGCUGUUGUUACAAUUGCAGAAAAUAAACUGUCAGGUAUUCUACCUCGGUCCAUAUUCAACAUUUCCUCCCUUCAACUUUUGCAGUUGACUGAUAACCAGUUGCAAGGAACCAUACCAGAAAAUGUAGGCUUCACACUUCCUCAACUGUAUUGUCUUGAUUUAGGGGGUAACUCUUUCUCGGGACCCUUUCCAAUCUCCAUGCUAAACCUCACAAGUCUUGAAUAUAUUAACCUGUCAAAAAAUAACUUCAGAGGAAGCAUCCCAUUUCAUCUUGGACACCUCAAAUACCUCAAUUUGCUCGAUAUUUCUUACAAUAAUCUUAUAGGUGACAUCAACUUUAUUAGUACACUUGUUAAUUGUAGUAUAUUGGAAACCCUAGACGUGCGAGGGAAUCAUUUUACAGGAAUAGUACCCAAAGUUAUGGCCAAUUUUUCCACUACCUUAACCGGGCUCGCAAUUGGGAACAAUCCAACAACCGGAGUAAUUCCUCCAGGUAUUAGUCAUCUCAUAAACCUCAAAUAUUUAGAUAUGGGGUUUUGUGGACUCACAGGAACCAUUCCUCGUGACUUUGGGAGGCUUCAGAAGCUAGAGAAUUUAGUUAUCCAGUCGAACAAACUAACAGGUGAAAUUCCCAAUUCAUUUGGUAAUUUAACGCGUUUGGGACGGCUCUACUCAGACAAUAACCAAUUGCAAGGCAACAUACCGCCAAGCCUUGGUAAUUGUGUAAACUUAUUAGUUAUGGAUCUAUCCCAAAAUAAAUUAAAUGGAUCUUUGCCUAGUGACCUCUUUGUGAAUACCAAUUUUAUUCAAUUAGAUUUGUCUUAUAAUAGUUUUGAAGGGUCACUUCCUUUGGAGAUUAGCAAACAAAUAAAUUUAGUACUUUUUGGUAUUUUUAAAAAUAAUUUAUCCGGAGAAAUUCCAGAUGUCUUUAGCAACUUAGCCUCUCUUGAAUAUUUAUACAUGGGUCAUAAUUUUUUUCAUGGUCCAAUUCCUCCAUCAGUUGCCUCUUUAAAAAGCCUUUUGAUAGUUGAUGUUUCCCAUAAUAAUCUUUCAGGCCCUGUUCUAGAAUAUUUGUCUACAUUUCCAUUAACAUAUCUUGACUUAUCUCACAACAAUUUUGAGGGAAGAGUUCCAACAAAAGGAAUAUUUGCAAAUGCAAGUGCAAUAUUUCUUGCUGACAAUAGUAGGCUUUGCGGAGGAAUCCCUGAGCUAAAUCUACCAAAAUGUGUGGAGAAAGCUAGGAGAAACAAAAGCAUGUCCCGUUCUUUCAAGGCGAAAAUAAUAAUUCCAAUAAUUUGUUCAUUUAUUGGAGUAUUUUCUAUGGUCACAUGCAUAUGGUUGUACUUGAAAAGUCGUAUCAAGAAACGAAAAUCUACCUCUUCGGCCGCAUUAGUAAAGGAGCCAUUUUUGAAAGUGUCUUACGGCAUGCUAUUCAAAGCAACUGAUGGGUUUUCUCCAGCGAAUGUACUUGGAUCAGGUACUUUUGGGUCCGUGUUUAAAGGGAUGCUUGAUGAAAGGACAGUUGCUGUUAAAGUUCUCAACUUGCAACAACGAGGUGGAUCUAAGAGUUUCAUGGCAGAGUGUGAGGCAUUGAGAUAUAUUCGUCACCGUAAUCUGGUUGGGAUACUAACAGUUUGCUCAAGUCAAGAUUAUCAAAGAAAUGAUUUCAAAGCUCUUGUCUAUGAGUUCAUGCCCAAUGGAAGUCUUGAUAAAUGGUUAUAUGAAAGAGGUAACCCCAGCCUUCUCCAAAGGGUGAGUAUAGCCAUUGACGUGGCUCAGGCACUCAACUAUCUUCAAUGUGAGUGUGAAACCUCGAUAGUGCACUGCGACCUUAAACCAAGUAACAUAUUGCUUGAUAAUGACAUGGUCGCCUAUGUAGCAGAUUUUGGGUUAGCAAAGGUUCUUGGUCAACCCCUCCACCCAAAACAAAGCAGUUCAAGUUUAAGUGGAGUCAGGGGAACUCUUGGCUAUGUUGCUCCAGAGUAUGGCUUGGGAGGUGAAGCAUCCCCCGAGGCUGAUUUAUACAGUUAUGGAAUUCUAUUGCUUGAGCUUAUGACAAGAAAAAGACCGACUGAUAAUAUGUUCAAGGAAGACUUCAACCUCCAUAUGUAUGCAAAGGUAGCAUUGCCUGACCAGGUGUUGCAAAUUGUUGACUCUACACUUAUGGAGGAUGUAAGUGACGACGUAGCUGGCGAAACAGAACCAAGGAUCCAAGCAAUGCUGCAAAAAAAAGAGGAGUGCAUGAUGUUGGUGGUAAAUAUUGGAGUUGCUUGCUCAAGUCAUAUGCCACACGACCGAAUGAAGAUAACUGAGGCUUUGAGUGAGCUGCUCAACGCUAGAAACAUGCUUUGCAAUCCCAGACUUAGGCGUAACUUGCCAAGAGGUAAAUAA